AUGAAGCUGGAAACUUGUGUAUAUUCGGGAUAUAAGAUUUAUCCUGGACAUGGAAAAAGAAUGGUUCGUGCUGAUGGAAAGGUUCAAAUAUUUCUGAACAAAAAGUGCCAGCGAUCAUACAGAUUAAAGCGAAAUCCUCGUGAUAUACCGUGGACAGUACUCUAUCGCCGCAAGCACAAAAAGGGUGUUCACGGGGAAGAAAAUGCACAAAAGAAGCGUACGCGACGUGUUAUACAAAUAGCAUCUCGAGCAGUUGGUAAUGUUUCACUGGAAGCUAUACUUGCAAAACGUAAUCAGAAACCAGAAUUUCGACGUGCACAGCGUGAGCAGGCAAUAAAAGCUGCGAAAGAAGCUGCGCGAGCAUCAAAGACUGAAAAGAAAGCAGCAAAUAAGGCAUUAAAGGAGAAGAAGGCUGCCCCACCGAAGAUGAAAGUACCAAAACCGAUGAAAACUCAGCAGCCACGAGUUGGCGGCAAGCGCUGA